AUGGGGCGUUACAAGUCGGUCGCGUUCACUACACCAAGUACCUGGCAGGGCCCCAUCAAGGAAGGAGGGGAAACUCUUCUCAGCAAUGAAGAGGAGGAAGCUCUGGAGACGCUGAAGUUUAACUUCAACAUCGAGUCUCUGGGGCUGGUUCUGUACAGCACCGACCCAAAACAGCCGUCGGACCUGCAGCAUCAGCAGAACCUGAGGCUGGGCGAGUUUGCGCUCCACCUGCUGAAGACUUCAGGGAAGAUCCUGAGCAGCGGCAGCGUGGAGGUGACCACCGUGCUCAGCGGCUGCACGCUGGACGACCUGAGGGCGGGCAUGGAGAGGACGACUUCACGGAUGGUGGGCCGCAGAGACGAGGACAGCCCCGAGGCGAUGAUCGACGUGACGUACCGGCAGAGCGCUGCAGAGCGGGAGGUCGUGGCUGUCCUUCAGAAGCUCUACCUGUGUGCCAGCGUGGAGUUUCUGAUGGCCGUCACAGAUUUCUUCCUGCAGGCUCUGCCACAGAUGCCCACCUCGGUACAGAGCAACAGACUGCCGCUGAGACAGACCACUGAGCCACGAGCCGACGGCAAGACCGCCUCGACGCUCCGCACUCGCCUGCGGGCAGUGGUGGUGGACCCGGAGGUGGUGUUCGUGGCCAGCCUGAUGAAGGCAGACGCCCCCGCCCUUGUGGCGUCCUUUCAGUGCGACUUCAGCCUGCAGGCCGAGGAGGACGGCACCCAGAACAUGAGAGCCAACCUGAGGGAGCUGAAAGUCCUCGCCUGCCCCUUCAUCCGGAACAAGGAGGACACUGCCGUCACCACCGUGUUGAGACCCUGCUCUGUCGCCUUGGAGACCAGAACCCACCCUAACCAACCGCUGAGCGGCUCUGUGACGGUGGAGGAAGUCAUCGUCAAGAUCUCUCCAUUCAUCCUCAACACAGUAAUGACGAUAACUGCCGCCAUGACUGCGAAGCAGGGUGACGAGCAGAGUAAGGAGUCGCAGACGGAGGUCAGUGACCUCUGGUCUGUCAUGAACAUCUACGGUUGUAACUUCUGGUUCCUGGGAGUAGACGCGGCCACCGAGGUCACUGAGAGCUUCAGGGAGCAGGAUGGACGCAGUGAGGGCGAGAGCUUCACCGCCGAGGUCAAGGUGGUCCAGGUGACUCUGGAGUCCGGCUCGGGUCACCGGACCGCUCCUCUACUGCUUGCCGAGUCCUCCUUCAGCGGCUCGGCCAGAAACUGGUCUUCUUUGCUGCAGCUGAGAGCUGACAUGACUCUGGAGGUGAACUACUUUAAUGAGCUGCAGGCGGUGUGGGAGCCUCUGAUCGAGCUUGUGGACGGCGGCAGACGCAGGUGGAACCUGGAGCUAGAGAUGAAGAACAGCCCGCUACAGGAUAAGAGUCCCGUUCACGGAGACGACUUUGUCAUCCUGCCUGAACCUCGCACGGCCGUCAGCAUCUGCUCCAGAGACACGAUGAACAUCACCGUGUCCCAGUGCAGCCUCCGCGUCCUGCACAACCUUGCCACGGCAUUCUCAGAGGGCACAGGGUCCAGCUUCGACCCCUCCCUAAAGGAGAAGGCCCCCUUCACCAUCAGGAACGCUCUGGGGAUCCCUCUCAUUGUGCAGCACAGCGCCACCCUGAGGCCUCUGGGCUCACUGGUGCAGGGGAAGCUCCACGAGCUGCUGGUGGAUCAGACCAUGGACUUGGAGCACUCCAUGUUCAAAACGUCCUCACGGGGAAAACUGUCGGCUCUGCAGCGGCAAGAGAGCUGCCUGUUCAACCUCACCGUCGUUCCCUCCGGAUACAGCGAGAUCUCCAACAUCGCUGUGAACAAACCUGGUCGCCGUCUCUACAACAUCCGGGGUCCAAUGCUGCAGGAGGCCGUUUCUGUUCUGCUGCAGAUCGACGCCGCUGAUGGAAACAAGGUCAUCACGGUCCGCUCACCGCUGCAGAUAAAGAAUCAUUUCUCUGUGCCGUUCACCAUCCUGAUGUACUGCCCAUCAUCCAGGAGCCUGCAGAGCAUCGGACAGGCCGAGCCCGAGAGGGAGUUUCACAUUUCUUUAGCAACAUACAGAUGUCAGCUGUUUGUGCGUCCUGCGGGGCAUCUCGACGGUCAUUACAGCCCGUCCUCCACCUGUGUGGCAUGGAAGGAGCAGGUGCACCACAGCUCGGAGGUGCGCUCGGUACUGCAGUGCCCCGCGGCCGACUGCAGCCUGCUGCCGCUGAUGGUCAGCACGUUGGCUGUGCCCGACGAGCUGCGACACAUCGCCAGCCACGGAGAGGAGGACUGGGACCCAGCCUACAUCAUCCACCUCCAUCCUGUGGCCAGGCUGAGAAAUCUGCUGCCCUACAGUGUGCGCUACAUGAUGGAGAGCUCAGCGGACUCCUAUGAGCUUCAGGAGGGAAGCACGUCGGACCUUGUGAACGCUCGUGUCUCAGGUGAGAUCCUGUCCAUUGUGCUGAUGAAGUAUCAGGGCCGUGACUGGCACGGACAUAUCCGGAUCCAACAGGAAAUGCCCGAGUUCCUGCCUGUGUGUCUCACCUGCAACUCGGACAGCAACAUGUCAGUGGACGUAAGCGUGCAUGUGACGAGGACUACUAGCUGCCUGCUGCUGUCGCUCUUCAGCCCCUACUGGAUCAUCAACAAGACUUCUCGCGUGCUGCAGUACCGAGCCGAGGACAUCAGUGUCAAACACCCCGCCGACUACCGGGACAUCGUCCUAUUCUCCUUCAGGAAGAAGAACCUCUUCAGCAAGAGCAAGAUCCAGCUGUGCAUCUCCACCAGCUCCUGGUCCGAUGCUUUCUCUCCGGACACCGUGGGAAGUUAUGGCUGCGUCCGCUGCCCCGCCAACAACAUGGACUUCCUGGUGGGUGUGAGUAUCCAAAUGAGUAGUUUUAACCUGACCCGGAUCGUCACCAUGAGUCCGUUCUACACCCUGGUCAACAAGUCGUCCUAUGAGCUGGAGGUCGGAGAGGUCAGCAGCCAGAUGUCCACCAGGUGGCACUACAUCUCCUCCACUGAGUGCCUCCCUCUGUGGCCGGAGAACAGUUCGGGGAAGUUGUGUGUCCGUGUGGUUGGAUCUGAAUCCACCUCCAAGUUCUUCUUCUUUAACCGGCAGGACAACGGCACGCUGCUGAGCCUCGAUGUGUGUGGCGGGAUCAUCGUGGAAGUCAACAUUUCGGACCACUCAACCAUCAUCAGCUUCAAUGAUUACUACGAAGGAGCAGCUCCAGCUCUGCUGCUCAACCACACACCCUGGGUCACUAUCAGCUACAGGCAGAGCGGCUCAGUGACGGUUCACGAGCUGAAACCCAGCGAGGCUAGGCGCUUUGUGUGGGACGACCCAGCAGGCGUCCAGAUGCUCAGCUGGAGCUGCAUGGAGCACUGUGGAGAGCUGGACCUGCUGAAGGACGAUGUGGGGCAGUUCUCCUACGACAGCCUGUCUCAGGUGCACUGGGUUUCCUUCCUGGACGGACGCCAGCGGGUGCUGCUGUUCACGGAGGACGUCGGCAUUGUGACGAAGGCUCGGCAGGCCGAGGAGCUCGAACAGUUUCAACAGGAAGUGAAGGUGUCGCUGCAAAACCUCGGACUGUCUCUGAUCAACAACACCGGCCGGCAGGAGAUCGCUUACAUCGGCAUCACCAGUUCAGGUGUGGUUUGGGAGAUGAAGCCAAAGAAUCGCUGGAAGCCGUUCAAUCAGAAGAACAUCAACCUGCUGGAGAAAACUUACCAGAACCAGCUGAGCAGGAAGACCGAGGGAGGCUGGGUGAAACUGGAGACCAACCUGGAGGUAAACCUGUGCGGAGCCACCAUGAUGAUGCGGCAGCCACUUUCCUGCCCGGUAAGGAGGAACUUCCUGUCUGGGAUCCAGGUGGAAUUCAAACAGUCGCUGCACCAGCGCAGCCUGCGGGCCCAGCUGCACUGGCUACAGGUGGAUAACCAGCUGCCCGGCGCCAUCUUCCCCAUCGUCUUCCACCCUGUUCCUCCUCCCAAGUCUAUCGCUCUGGACUCAGAGCCAAAGCCGUUUAUCGACGUGUCCGUCAUCACAAGGUUCAACCAGCACAGCAGCGUCAUGCAGUUCAAGUACUUCAUGGCUCUGGUUCAGGAGAUGGCGGUGAAGAUCGAUCAGGGUUUCCUGGGAGCCAUCUUGGCUCUGUUCACCCCCGCUGCUGACCCGCAGGCUGACCAGAAGGCGCGGCUGCUGGAGAGAGACCUGAAGCUGCUGCAGACGGAACUGAUGGAGGCGUCGCUCACCGACACGUCGGGACUCAGCUUCUUCGAACAUUUCCACAUCUCCCCCAUCAAGCUCCAUCUCAGUCUGUCUCUGGGCUCCAGCGGCGAGGACUCGGCUCAGGAGGUGGCGGCCGUGCAGUCCCUCAACUUGUUGCUGAAAAGUAUCGGAGCCACGCUGACCGACGUGGAUGACCUGAUCUUCAAACUGGCCUUCUUCGAGGUAAAGUACCAGUUUUACCGAAGAGAGAAGCUGAUGUGGGCAGUGGUCCAACACUACACUGAGCAGUUCCUGAAGCAGAUGUAUGUUCUGGUUCUGGGUCUGGACGUCCUGGGGAACCCUUUUGGACUGAUCCGAGGUCUGUCAGAGGGAGUGGAGGCCUUCUUCUACGAGCCUUUCCAGGGGGCGGUUCAGGGCCCGGAGGAAUUUGCUGAAGGUUUUGUGAUCGGAGUCCGCAGCCUGCUGGGUCACACCGUCGGUGGCGCUGCAGGCAUGGUCUCCAGGAUCACAGGCUCGGUGGGUAAAGGUCUGGCCGCUAUUACUAUGGACAAAGAGUACCAACAGAAACGCCGCGAGGAGAUGAACCGCCCGCCGAGAGACUUCGGAGAGAGUCUGGCUAAAGGAGGGAAAGGACUGCUGAUGGGUGUCAUGGGCGGAGUUACAGGAAUCGUCACCAAACCAGUGGAGGGGGCGAAGAAAGGGGGCGCAGCAGGUUUCUUUAAGGGCAUCGGUAAAGGUCUGGUGGGUGUGGUGGCUCGGCCGACAGGCGGCAUUGUGGACAUGGCGAGCAGCACCUUCCACGGCAUCCAGAGAGCGGCGGAGUCGACGGAGGAAGUGACCAAACUGCGUCCGGUGCGUCUGAUCAGGGAGGACGGGAUCAUCCGCCCGUACGACCUGACAGAGUCGCAGGGCUUCGACCUCUUUCAGCGCUCGGAGAUCAAACAGCUGGAGGGUGAAGUGUUCCGAAAUCACUGUCCGUACCCCGGACACCGAAAGACCAACAUCAUCGUCACCAACAGGAGGGUUUUGUGUGUGAAAGAGAUCGACUUUGUUGGUCAUUUCAACAGAGAGUGGGAAUGUUUGUUCGAGAACUUUUACCGACCUCCAGCUGUGACGGGAUCUGAGCUGAAAAUCUACUGCAAGGAGCAGCAGAAGUUGAAGUUACCAAAGAGAGACGGUCAGGAGUCGGUGAGGAAUGUUCAACUUUGUGACUCAAACAUUGCUCAGAAGCUGCAGGCGGCGAUAUCGGAGGCUCAGGUGGCUCAGCAGCAGCAUCGCAUGUCGAGACAGAAAUCACAGCGCUUCCUCAAAGUCAACAACAAACAGUGAGGGGUCACUUGCUGUUGUUGUUUACAAACAAGCAAUCAUCCUAAUUAUAAUCAUUUAAAUAUGUAAACAUGAAUAGAUGUUUUCUAUUUUGGGUAUUUUUGCCCCUGCUCUUUGCCUGCAGGCUGCACUGUCACAUGUUGAAGAUGAAGCCAUAAAAACAUGUUGCACUAAACAAAUAUUUACAAAAGUUCAUCUUCAGAGAAAUUAACACAUGUGAAAACAAUAAUACACACAUAAAUAAUUCAGUUUGAUUCAUCUUACAAAAUAUAAUUCCUUCUUUCUCUCGUUGAAUAAAUGAAGUCUUGCUGCAGAUAUAUGUUUACAGAGCAAAGUGUUACCAUAUGCUGACAUGAAGAAAUGCUUUCACUUUAUUUUUAUAAGCCAUGCUGUAAUCAGUAAUCUGUUGGCUCCAUACUGAUGUCGAACUUUGAAACCUGAAUAAAUGAAAAUAAACAUUUCUGUGUUUUCA